AACUUCUGUCAGAGAUGCCAGGAAAAAAUGAGAAUUCAAGCCAAAUAAGCAAAGAGCUAAGGGAAAUAGUAUUUGUCAUCCAGAGUCAGAAGAACUCUUAUCAUUUGAAGAAAGCAUAUGAUCUUAAACAAAAUAUUUUAAAACAGGCUGCCUCUUUGGGAAAGGAAAUGCCUACCAUUCUGCUUACUCAUCAGAUGGACAGACAUGAAGGAACAUGGACUAUUUUACCAUUAAUGCAUGAGUUUUCUGUUUCAUACAGCAAAAACUCCUCAUGGAUUUUUUUGUGUGAAGAGGAUACAAGAAUACAGAUUGUAAAACUACUGAAUACAUUUAGAAGAUAUGACAAAUCUAAGGAAUUUUUUUUAGGCAAAGCAUUACAUGAUGAUGAAUCUACAAUUAUCCAUCAUUAUGCCUUUGCAGAAAACCCUACAGUUUUUAAAUUUCCAGAUUUUGCUGCUGGCUGGGCACUUAGUAUUCCACUUGUAAAAAAGCUUGCAAGGAGACUGAAGAAUGAACCUUUAAAGUCAGAUUUUACAAUAGAUUUAAAACAUGAGAUUGCAUUAUACAUCUGGGAGAAAGGGAAUGGACCACAACUCACGCCGGUGCCUGAAUUCUGUACAGAAGACUUCAACUCUCCUCAUGAUGCUCACUGUGCCACUACAUUCACUAAUUUCCUCCCACAAUGUGGUGAUCCUGUGAAGAAAACGGAUAUCUUUAUUGCUGUAAAAACAUGCAGGAAAUUCCAUGGAGACAGAAUACCUAUUGUGAAGCAAACCUGGGAAGGAGAAACCAAUUUCAUUGAAUAUUACAGUGAUUAUGCAGAAAGUUCAAUACCUACUGUUGACAUAGGAGUACCAAAUACUGAAAGAGGUCAUUGUGGAAAGACUUUUGCCAUUUUGGAAAGAUUUUUAAAUCAUAGUCCUGCUAAAAUGCCUUGGUUAGUCAUUGUGGAUGAUGAUACCUUGAUAAGCAUCUCUAGGCUCCAGAAAUUACUCAGUUGUUAUGACUCAAGUGAGCCAGUGGUUCUCGGGGAACGCUAUGGCUAUGGUUUAGGAUCAGGAGGCUAUAGUUACAUUACUGGUGGAGGAGGGAUGGUCUUCAACAGAGAAGCAAUCCAAAAAUUGUUUGCUAGUAAAUGCCGCUGCUACAGCAAUGAUGCCCCUGAUGAUAUGGUAAUUGGAAUGUGUUUCAGUGGUUUAGGAAUUCCAGUUACACACAGCCCUCUCUUCCAUCAGGCUCGCCCAAUGGAUUAUCCGAAGGACUUCCUAUCCCAUCAAGUUCCAAUAUCAUUUCAUAAACACUGGAAUGUUGAUCCAGUAAAGAUUUAUUUUACAUGGUUGGCUCCAAAUGUACAAGAUUUGGAAUAUGGAAGCAAACAUGUCAGAGAGGAUUUAUAAUCUGUGAAAAUAUUUA